GUAUUCAUCGUCGAAUAGUGCCGCGCCUGUGCGCUCACGUUGAACGCUUACGUUUCUUUCCUGCAACGGCAGAGGUGAAAAGACGGAAAACGAGCUUUCCACGGGGUGAAAUUUUACGCGGGAUGUUGUCGCCAUGUGAGCUUACCACAAAGGUGAAUUAAUAACACGAAAAAAAUAACUAUUUUUAUCAUCAGUGCAAAUCUGAAUAAACAAAAAUGACAGUUCGUUUUCCGGAAGUGAUAAGAAGCGGAUCGGAGGUGGAAGGCGGUUUGUCAGGACCGGCCAAUCCAAUACCUAGUCAAUCAAUCGAUUGCGGCUGCGGACAAAUGCGAUGCCCGAAACUGGCGAAAUUUGCAACGCGAAAACUCUUCGUGGGAUUGGUUUGUUGGAUCGGUGUGGUGCAAGCUGCAUCGUAUGCUUAUUUUCAUGUGACGGGAACCACAAUAGCCAGAAGAUUUCAAUUCGAUCCUUAUGUGAUGGAUUGGAUUCUUGUUGUAGCAGAAUUGACGCCUAUUAUAUUAGGAUUGGCGAUAGCAUAUUGGGGCGACAGAAUACACAGAGCUGCGUGGAUAGGAGCUUUAACACUUUUCCAAAGCGCCUCGUUUUUCAUUUUGAUAAUACCCCAUUUAACACAUCGUGUUCGUGUGAUCGAGGAGACACAGAACAUCACUCAUAUGUCAUUGUAUGCGGAUGAUAGUCCAGAAUUAUGCAUUCCCAGAUCAUCGAGGAUCAUCGUAGAGGAAGACGAACCGUGUUACUUUACUAUGGUCGUCAUAAUUUUUGUAUUAGUUGUAAGCGGGAUUGCAAAUAUCACAUACUAUGCGCUGGGAAUUUCUUACCUGGACGAUAAUACAAAAAAGAAAAACGUGACCACUUUUAUCAGUAUAAUAAUUGCCGUAAAGAUUAUCGGGGUCCUUCUCGGGUAUUUCUUAGGUUGGGGAUGCCUUCGGAUAGACGCGGAAGAUUUCAGUGUUAUAAAAUCGUAUCAGGACCAAAUCGGGGCGUGGUGGCUUGGAUUCCCAAUUCUCUCCAUAUUAUUGGUAAUUCCUGGCUUGCUGCUUUCGUGGUUCCCAAGAAGAUUACCCUCAGAGGUUGUCCAACAAGCUGCAGCUUCACUUCUCGAUCGGACUGCGGUACAUAACCGAGCACCCCAUAGAACGGCCAAUCAAAAGGUCGGCAGUCCUGAUUUUUGGCCGUCAUUAUGCAGAUUGGUUACUAACAAAAUUUUAAUAUUCAAUAUUCUGGCAACGGUAUUGAGCGCCACGGCGCUUCUAAAUUUUAUGGCGCACGAGGAGAGCUUCUUAGAGUCCAGAUUUCACAUAUCCAGACCGACAGGAAUGUUUCGUGGAUUUAACGACCCACUAUCUUUCAGACUAGUCGCUACUAUCGUGAGACCUGUUCUAAUUGGACUGAUCGUAGUCAUCAGUGGCCUAGUAUUAGCCAAGGCAAAGCCACGAGCGAGAUUUGUUAUUGGUUACAGUUUCGUUAUCGUGCUUCUGACAAUAGCGAUUAUCAUCGCACUAAUCUUUGCUGCUUGCGAGAAACCACCAGUCGUCGGUUUAGACAAAGGCUCCGAUACAAUGCUGAGAUAUUGCAACAAAAACUGUCAUUGCUCUAAGGACGCCGAAUUCCGGCCGAUUUGCGACAACUCGGGAAAGUUCACGUACUAUAGUCCUUGCUAUGCCAGCUGCUCUAUAAUUAUUCACGUCAACAACGAGAAGAUCUACAGCGGUUGCGGCUGCGUAGAGGAUCUGGCAGGAUGGAGUAAUGACCAGGCGACAGAUGGUUCGUGCAAUUCGACUCAAUGCCAGGCCGGCUGGAUGCUUUUUGAGUUUGGAGCUGUUUUAGCGUAUGUGUUGAUCGCUUCCACCCUCGUCGGAGAUUUAUUGAUCAAUAUAAGAUCGGUCUACAAACAGGACAAAGCUAUCAGCAUAGGUUUCUGGAUGAUGUGGAUCGGAGUAUUCGUUUACGUUAUUGGCAAAGUUCUUUACGAAUUCGUCUCGCGUCAGGCGUGUCAAUACUGGGGCAAUCAAAAGAUAGUCUGUCGCUUACACGAUACCGACAAACUCGGGAAUUACUUGUGCUAUCUGACAAUACUAUUCUUAUCGCUUAGUGACUUGGUCAAAAUUAUCGUUUGGUUUUUCUGCAAAGAUUUACAGUUAUACGACGAAGAUAAAGACCGAGAAAAUGUUGAGCUACAAGAAAUGGUCGAACAAGCAACAAUAACCGAGCUACCUGAAAUAUUAAACAAUAACGACGAAACGGGACAAGUGGAGGUGGUUGUUGAACCAGAAUCAAGGACAGUACCAGAGACAGCCGAACUGAAAGAAAAAUCACCGGAGGAAAAAGAAGAUACUCAAAAGAGCACGCCUUUGAAGUAUGGCUCGUUGGGUUCAGGCAAUCCUCGGUCGAGCUCGAAUCCACCGACAAAUCACAAUUCGCAAUCGACGAUUCAAAAUCUCGAUUCCGAGGACGAGCUAGACAGUUCGAGCGACGAGAGUAAGAAACGGUCGGGUACACAAGUCGCUUACACGCCGCUGGAACUCGACUCUGAUGUCGAGAGCGACCUCAGUAGCGUCGGACCUAGAUCGAGGAGGCGCAUUCCGAGCAAAGAUUACGAUCAAGCUCACGAGAGCGAUCGCCCAUCGUCCAAGAACGCGUCUCUUGGACGUCAAUUUCCGAAUCCCGAUCACUACGAGGAUCCACGAGGAAAUUCGAGAUUCAAGAGUCCGAAUAGUUAUCAGAACGAUCCCUUGCAGACAAGCAGCUCCGAGUUGGCGAAGAAGGGUCAAGAGAGCGACGCGCCCAAACAGGGCGACUUCAACGAAGUUGGCAUACCGAUAGUGGAUCCGUUUCCGGACGGGAGGAGCAACUCGGGCAGUACUAACACGGGGCACGUGAAGGACGUGAAGUCGCUGAUCGAUCGAUACGAGCAGAACGCGAGUCAGGAAACUCUAGACGAAGAUCGCUUAUCGGUGAAGUCGACAGAGGAUACGAGAAGUCGACCGGAGAGUAAGAUAGGUAUACCUCUGGUCGCUAUGGUACCCGGUAGGUCAUCCUCUCGAGGACAGGCCUCUUCAGGUUUCGGUAGCUUGCCAGAUGUGCAGGACAAGAAUGACCCACAUUCGGAGAGAUCCGGUACUCCCAGUCCGAAAAAUGUCGCUAAAGGCAGCAAAGUAAGGCAUCAAACCGAUCUUUAGAUUCACGAUCGGUCUUACGUGAUAGAUGACGCACGGCACAUGAAAACGACGCGCAGUUUUGCAGAUAUUUAUGGAGAAGCGAGUAAAUCCACUAGUAGAAUAGAAGCACUAUCACGAUAAUUUUAUAUCUGCGAGCGAUAAGAGGCUUUGACUACAAAAGUACACAAUGCUGCACAAUACUAUCUCUGACACCUGUCGCAUUUGAGAUAUAAAACCCCCCCAAUUUAACAUCGCGUUUUGAUAGGCGAACAGUAAAAUUUUAUGUACACUCUCUUUACUUGCGAAUCGUAAUAUCAGUAUAAGUUGCUCCAAUUAUCAUGCAGAAAUAUUGCGAUCGAUAAAGUUAUUUUCAUCUGUGACUCCAAAUAUUUCUAAUAAAGGAUAGCCGGCUAAUAAAAUAUUUACUGUAUUUCAUGGCAUACUUUCAUAUUUGCAGUUAUCCUUUGUAAAACGUAACAUGUGUAUAACAACGUCCAUUAUGAUCCUUCUGAUAUUUAUUACACGAUUAAAAUCUAUCACAUUCCUAA